AUGGCCCAAGCUCAUUGGGGCUGCGGCCCCUGGCUUGUCCUCUUCUGUGCUUAUGCCUGGGGCCACCCAAAGCCAGAAGACCUUGGAAGGGAGGACGUGAGAAAUUGUUCUAUCAGCCCACCGUACCUCCCGGUGACGGCAGUCAACACCACAGCUCGGCUGGCAGCACUCCGGCAGCAGAUGCAGGCCCAGAAUCUCGCUGCCUACAUCGUUCCAGACACGGAUGCCCACAUGAGCGAGUACAUCAGCAAAUUUGACGACAGACGUGCAUGGAUGACAGGCUUCACAGGGUCUGCAGGAGUUGCAGUGGUGAGCCUGUCCAAAGCAGCUAUCUGGACCGACAGUCGCUACUGGACUCAGGCUGAGAGGCAGAUGGACUGCAACUGGGAGCUCCAUAAGGAAGUUGGCACCAAUCCCAUUGUCACCUGGCUCCUCACUGAGAUUCCGGAGAGUGGUCGUGUGGGCUUCGACCCCUUUCUCUUCUCUGUAGGUACCUGGGAGAGUUAUGAGCUGGCCCUCCAAGGUUCCAACAGAAAUCUAGUGUCCAUCACAAACAACCUUGUCGACCUGGUAUGGGGGGCAGAAAGGCCUCCUGUUCCAAACCAGCCGAUUUAUGCUCUGCAGGAGGCGUUCACAGGGAGCACCUGGCAGGAGAAAGUCUCUGGCAUCCGAAGCCAGAUGCGGAAGCAUCUCAAGGCCCCAACAGCAGUCCUUCUGUCGGCACUGGAUGAGACAGCUUGGCUCUUCAACCUGCGCAGCAGUGACAUCUCCUACAAUCCCUUCUUCUAUUCCUACGCACUGCUCACAGACUCCUCCAUCAGGUUAUUUGCGAACAAGAGUCGCUUCAGCCCUGACACACUGAAGUACCUGAACGCCAGUUGCACAGGUGCCAUGUGUGUGCAAAUCGAGGACUACAAUCAAGUCCGCAAUAGUGUCCAGAAAUAUGCCUCAGGAAAUGUGAAGAUCUGGAUUGGAACCAGCUAUACUACUUACGGGCUCUAUGAAGUGAUACCCAAGGAGAAACUCGUGGCAGAUAACUACUCCCCAGUGAUGAUGACCAAGGCGGUGAAAACCAGCAAGGAGCAGGCCCUCCUCAAGGCCAGCCAUGUUCGGGAUGCCAUAGCUGUGAUCCGGUACUUGGUAUGGCUGGAGAAGAACGUGCCCAAAGGCACAGUGAAUGAGUUCUCAGGAGCAGAGCUCGUGGACGCAUUUCGAAGAGAAGAAGAGUUCUCCUCAGGAACCAGUUUUGAAACCAUCUCUGCUAGUGGCCUGAAUGCUGCCUUGGCCCACUACAGCCCCACCAAGGAGAUUCACCGCACGCUGUCCUUGGAUGAGAUGUACCUGCUGGAUUCUGGGGGACAAUACUGGGACGGAACCACGGAUAUCACCAGAACGGUCCACUGGGGCACCCCCUCUGCUUUCCAAAAGGAAGCAUAUACCCGAGUGCUGAUGGGAAACAUUGAUCUAUCCAGACUUGUCUUUCCUGCUGCUACUUCAGGGCGAGUGAUGGAGGUCUUUGCCCGCAGAGCCUUGUGGGACGUUGGGCUCAAUUAUGGCCAUGGAACAGGCCAUGGCAUUGGCAACUUCCUAUGUGUGCACGAGUGGCCAGUGGGAUUCCAGUCCAACAACAUUGCCAUGGCCAAGGGAAUGUUCACUUCCAUCGAACCUGGUUACUAUCAGGAUGGAGAGUUUGGGAUCCGUCUUGAAGAUGUAGCCCUUGUGGUAGAAGCCAAGACCAAGUACCCGGGAACCUACCUGACCUUCGAAGUGGUAUCCCUGGUGCCCUAUGACCGCAACCUCAUCAAUGUCAGCUUGCUAUCCCCAGAGCAGCUUCAGUACCUGAACCACUACUACCAGACCAUCCGUGAGAAGGUGGGCCCAGAGCUCCAGAGGCGCCAACUGCUGGAGGAGUUCCGCUGGCUGCAGCGGCACACCGAACCCCUGACCGCUGCUGGGACCCCGCAGUCUGCCUCCCUGGCCGCCGCGUUGGCAGCCUCCACUCUUGCCAUCCUCAGCUGGAGUGUCUAG